CAUUUGUCACAUUCUUACAACCAUUUACAAAUCAUGGAGUUCUCUCAAACCCAAGUUUGGGGUGUUCUCCUCAUGCUUUCAUUUCUCUUUAGUUCGUUUCAGCCUCUUUUCUCACACCCUACCAUGCAAGAGACUAAUUAUCUAGCUGAGGACUUGCCACAACACCACGGACUCAACAGGAAGAUGCUUUCGCUUUCACCUAAAAUGAAAGGGUUCUACUUCUACUCUCCACCACCCCCUAGUGCUCCUGCAAAUAGGCAAUCUUCCCCGCCGAAGGCAUUCUACUUCUACUCUCCACCACCACCUGGUGCUGCUGCAGAUGGGCGAUCUUCCCCUUCAAAGGCAUUCUACUUCUACUCACCCCCACCUCCUAAUCAGCCAUAGGCAGAGGCUUUGAAAGAAGACAUGACCACCCGACUUCUCCAAGGCAUUUGGCUUCAUAUCAAAAUGUAUGGCUGGGCUAUAAUACGAGAAAAUAAGCAAUAUGAUCUUAAAUAAUGUAAGGCUGACAGUGAGUAAAAAAAAGCUUCUUAUUUUCCUCCUUCUCCUUCUUCUUUCUUCAUCAUUGUGCUUAAUUCAAAGGACACAAAUUCUUGUACUGCA